GCAGGUGUGGACAAGGCCGGCGACUGGUCAUCUCCACUGGGUCUCGUCACACCCGAGGAUGCCCCCGAGGCAGUGGCCAGGAUACGGGUCUACCGCGUGUCCUCCAAGACCUACAUGUUGAGCUGGAACCCUCCGUCGGCGAGCAACGGUGUCCUCCGUGGCUACGAAGUGCACUACGUCCGCCUGAGGCUUCUGCACGAAUGCGAAGGUCUUCCUCCGUCCGACGGCACACAGGUCAGGGUGACUCCGAACCAGACAUACCUGCAGCUCUCCAACCUGACCGGAGGGGCCGACUACGAGGUCUCCGUGAGGGCCACCACUGUCACGGACGGACCGUGGAAGAGCCACUGGUUUACAACUUCCCACGAAGAACCGGACGGUCCGCCUCUUCAUCCGGUGUUGCGUGACGUCACUUCGGUCACGGCGACCGUGUACUGGAGUCCCCCGGACUGUAGAACCACCAACGGAGUCGUGCAAGGCUACCAGCUCAGGCUCUCGUCGGAUGCACCGUGGGUCACCGAAGAACUGAUCAACACCACUAAGGACAUCGGGUUUUCGAUGACGCACUUGGUGCCCUUCACCAGCUACCGCCUCGGGGUGGCCGCGGUCAACAGCGCUGGAAAAGGACCCGAGGCCACGCUGGACUUCGAAACGCUGCCCGGCGUGCCCCCAGCUCCCGGAAACCUGACGGCCUACAGCACUGGCCGUGACUUCAUCGCUAUCACCUGGUGGGCCCCGUACCCUCCCGCGGGGCUGCCAGAGUUCUAUAAGGUAUUCUACAAAACCACCUCUGAGACUACGUUCCAAGGCCAGUUUAUGGAAACUCCAACCUCCAGCGUCUGCGAAAGCGACGUCAGGCAGGGGCGUCAGUGCGCCGUCGUGCGGAAACUCGUCCCAAACACCGUCUACCAGGUCUUCGUAGUGGCGAAGAACGAGGGCGUUGACGACUGGAGCGAUCGCAGCAACACCGUCGUCGCGGAAACGAAGGAAACAGUUCCCGACCCGCCGUCGCAACUGGUCCAGGAUUCGAGGGAAGAAUCUUCGCUGACCGUGUCCUGGAAGGAGCCCAUGAUCAGCCACGGAAUCAUCACCGGUUACAGGGUGAUGCUGGCAGGCCAGUACGCGGAUCCAGAACAAAAAGAAUCCGUUGAGGUCGGGCCCGAAGCCAGGAACCACAGUUUCUUGUUUUUGAAGCCGGGAUCAAGCUUUACAGUCACAGUUGAGGCGAAGACUUCGGCUGGAUACGGAAAGCCGAUCGAACUCAUCGCUUAUACGAGAGCACCAGUGCCACCCGUCCAGACAAAGGUGGAAGUCAAAACAGUUGACGACACCACAAUCACCUUGUCCUUGGCGCCGACAGAGGAUGACGACCAAGAUGUCAGUGCCUACUACGUUCUGGUCAUGAGACAAGAGGACAAGGAGGCGACCGAGCGGACCAGGAGAUCCGUCAGCGGACGCGACGGAGUCCACGAAUGGACAGCUGGAAAAGUGGACUACAACACGUCUCAAGAGAUGGGUCUUCCCUACUACAUGGCAGCGCAGAUGACAUCCGCAACCAUUCGUAAUCGAUCGGACUUUACGGUUGGGGAUGGGAAGUAUUACGGCGGCUUCUACAACGCGCCCCUCGUGACCGGAUCCACCUACGACAUCGGACUGGCGGCUGAAGUCGACUUUGAAGGGGAUAGCCGGAUAUCUUACAAGCUCCUAUCUGAAGCAGUCAGAGUUGGCAGGCAAGACGUGACCACAAACGGCACGGCGACCACCGCUGCUCUCGUUUCAUUACUGGUCAUCGUGGCGGUCCUCCUUGUUGUCACCUGGAGAUGGCGCAAGCAGAUAGUCUCCAGAAUGUCCAGGAGCGUCGUGAAGAAGACUGUCAUUCCCGCGAGUGACGCUACAAAUCUGACGUUCGACAACGAUGGCGAGAGCCUCGACAUUGAGAUGGAAGAAAUUCACACGUCGGAUCUCUCGAGCUCUAAGCCAAUCCCCGUGGCAGGCCUCCAGGAGUACGUGCAACGUAUGCUGAUCUGCGAAGGGUUCAAACAGGAGUACACGGGUCAAGGAAGGGGGCCACAGUAUCCGACGUCUGAAGGUCAAAGGCUUGAAAACAGGAUUAAGAAUCGCUACGGCAAUCAGCUACCUUACGACCACAGCAGGGUCAAACUGAAACCGACACCCGGCAUUGCAUUUUCCGACUAUAUCAACGCCAACUACAUUGACGGCUACUGCAGACCUAAAAGGUACAUCGCAACACAAGGUCCACGGACAAACACGGUUAGCGACUUCUGGAAGAUGGUUUGGCAAGAGAACGUCUGCAAGAUCGUCAUGCUCACCAACCUGAUCGAGAAAGGAAAGGCCAAGUGCGAGCAGUACUGGCCCGACGAAGCGGCCACGUACGGAGACAUCCAGGUGCACCUGAUGGCCAGCGAGACGUUCCCGGACUAUGACGUGCGCCAGCUGCACCUUACGCUCGCCGACACCACGAGGGAGGUGAAGCACUUCCACCUGCGGUCCUGGCCGGACCACGGGGUGCCGCUCUACCCGAACGUCCUGCUGGCCUUUCGCAAGAAGGUCAACCAAUACCGGGCCUUCAACGAGGCUCCAGUCGUAGUCCAUUGCAGCGCGGGAGUCGGCAGGACCGGAACCUAUAUCCUCUUGGACACACUGCAAGAACAGGCAAUGAGCGAAGGUGUGGUCGACGUGGUCGGUCAACUAGCGGCGAUCCGGAAGAGCAGGAUGAACCUCGUCGAAACCCUGGAACAAUACAAUCUGGUCUAUCGGGCGCUGAUGGAAAGCAUCUGUGUACGAGACCACAGCGUUCCGUGCGUCAAGUUGGAAGAGCGUCUCAAGGAACUGCUCUCUCCGGAUGAGGCGACCGGAAAGUCCAAGCUGGUCGCGGAGUUCCAGGAGCUGAAUACCCUGAAGCCGUGGUUUACACCAGCCGACUUCAUUGCCGUCCGAGAGCAGUCCAGCCUUUGCAACAACAAGGACGUGGAGACACUUCCAUCGGAUCGCAGCCGGCCCCUGCUGAAAGAUGGAACAUUCGUCAACGCUGUUUAUGUGAACGGUUUUCACAAGAAGCGCAAGUUCCUCGUGACCCAGAUGCCGUCCACCAAGGACCUUGCCUUUUGGAAGCUCGUGCACGAAUCUGGUACCAGGACCAUCGUCACUCUAGACACCUUCGAUUCUAACGAAGACGACCCAACCGCUCUAGCCGGGUGUCCACGAAGCGGCGGCAUAAAAUUGGAAGACCUGAAGGUUGAAUGCGUGAAGGAGCUGGACAAUGAAGGUAUCCGCACGCACACCCUCACGAUAACCUCUAAGCUAAAGACGCCGGCACCGGCUUCGGGUCCGGAGCCCGUGAAGCAUUUUCAACUGCCGACCUGGAGCCAACCGGAAGCCAUGGUGGACCUGGUGGAUCGGGUGGAGCGUUGGCAGCAGCAGUCCGGAGACAAGAUCAUCUUCGUGCUGUGCCGAAAUGGAUGCAGCGCUAGCGGACUCUUUUGCUGCUCGGCGCUGGUCCUGGAAAAGCUGAAGGCGGAACAGGAGGUGGACGUCUUCUACGCGACGCGCAUCAUCAGGGAGAGCAGACCGCAGUUUAUUGAGAAUCCGGAACAGUACCGGUUCUGCUACGACACCGCUUUGGCAUACUUGGAUUCCGUCAGUAUGUACGCCAACUUCCAACAAAGCUGACGAAUACGGCCACCAGGAGUACUACUGCCGACGCUUGAAAACAGGAGAGUAGCAUCAAUUUCCAUCACC